AAACCAGUUUAUCCAAAUAAUACUAGGAAAUAUGAAAAGUUAUUCAAAACUGUAAAUAAUUAUUGAAAUUAUAUUCAAAUAAGCUAUCUACUCAAUUUUAAAUCUGACCACAAAAGAUAUAACAAACAUGGCGUCCUACUAUCACGCAAGCAGUGGUAGAAAGUGAAACUACGAUCCUAUAAAUGAGUUCUUAUAAGGUUAUGUUGUAAUUGUCAUUGUUUGAAUUAAUAAUAUUAUUAUUCACACUUGUUUAAUGCAUUAAAUAACAGUAAAAACGUUUUUUAUUAAACUGGUUUCAACUUGAUUUGGAUUGGUUAUAUCGUAGUUCGAUGGAUAAUAUUUUAUCAGUGUAUAAGUCAUGGUAACCAGAACUAUUUUAUUGGGCUAUGCAGGACGUUCCAGUGAAUGCCCUUUACAAGAAUAAUGAAAACAGUACUGCAAUCAAAUGAAAUAUGGCACUCCGACAAUUUUAUACUGGGAUAAGACGUCUCAAGGAUAAUCACAAACUGUUCAAUACAUAUGGAAGAAAGAUAGUACAGUGCUAUUCAUUCGACAGUCGACAUGUCAGGUUCAAAGAUACAUUCAACUAUAAAAUUCUACAGUUUUUCGAAAGUAGUACAAAUUACAAAACUCAUGUUCUUUCCGGUAACGUCCAGCAGACUUUGAACGACGAACUCCUCAGGAAAAUUUUAGACAAUGAAACUGAAUUAAAUCAGUUGUCCCUAUCAGAGCUCCUUGAUGGAAUUGUUAUGGCAAGUAGUAGGUAUAAUUAUGAAGUCGACCUAGAUCUAGUGAGAAAAUUUGAUGAUGAAUGCUUCAGAAGAUUGAAAGUUGGACUGAGUUUGGAAGACACUUUGAAAGUUUUGGAUGCAUUGAUGAGGCUAUCGAAUGAGAUUCCUCAAAUGAGAGCGUUUUAUCUAUGUCUACAAUUAUUCAAUGAAAAAUUGGAGAGUGGUGAAAAUAUAGACAUCCAGAAUUUUGUGCAAGUAUUGUUCUUUGUUAGUUUAAUCAGGGAUGAACAGCCUGUAAGACAAUUUUUCUCGAUUGCAAUGAAAAAAUUGUACAGACAUUCCGACCUUUUAUAUAAAUUAAACCCGUUUGAAUUGGCAAUAUUUUGUAACUCUGUUUAUAAAACUGGUACAAAGUUGAGGAAUGAGUUAUUACUUAAAAAACUUGUAAAUUGUAUCAACAAAAACUUGGAUUAUCUGUUUUCACAGCCCUACCUGUUCACAAGUGUAAUCAAACCUCUUCAACAUGCAAAUUACAAUCAUUAUAAGUUCCUAGACAGAUUGUCCAACCUGUUACUUGAUAAUAAGUUGCGUAUGGAUGAUAAGGACCUGAUUGCCAGUGUCUAUCUAUUAAAGCUGUAUGCGAACGCUCUGUAUAAAGAUGAGAUAACGAUACUGUUUCUAGCCGAUAAAGUUUUAAAAAGUUUACAAAACUCGUAUCAGAACAAUGAUACAGUCCGGAUAAAAGAUAUUUCUGUCAUUUUGAAAGCAUUCUGUCAUUUUGGAUUUGAUUCGUUGAAAGAGCGGGUUGUCGGACAGUUGAUUCCUAUAAUUGAUGUAUUGUUCGAGACCGAAGUACACAAUAAGCGACUCAAGUAUUCAAUUGAAAUCCUGUUGUGGCUAAAUGUGAUUGGAAUUCGCCCAAAAGGAAUCAUGGAAAAUUUUAUCUGUCGGGAAAAUUUGGAAAAAGGGAAAAGAGAAGGGAAACGGAAACACCAAUCUCGUGUCAACCUACUUCUGACAAUACUGUCGAUUGAGCACCCUGACAUUCUGACCAGUAAGAAAGUGCAACAUUUAGUAGAGGACGGUGUGACGAACGAUGUUGGCAUCAAGCUGUCUCAUCCAGAACUGGACAAAGUUCAGGAAGCUGUUCAGUUUCUGGCAGCAUGCAGAUCUGACCUUAUCCGAAGUUACCAAUGCAGAUAUCUGGUGCCAAAUUUAUUCAUCAAAGGGAUUGUUAUAGAAACGAGACGUUCCAUGAUAGCGGUUGAGUUAUUGGGCGAGAGGGCUUGUUUGCAUGGUACAGACAUUCCUCAUGGCUAUAUGAAUCUCAAACUCAGACUUCUCAGGAAGAUGAACUACGAAGUAAUACUGAUAAAUAAAAGAGACAUUAAAGGCAUACAAGAAGACUUGAUGGUGAAAAUCGAGGAUGAAAUCCGAAGAAUAGAUAAUUUAUGAUCAAAGUUAUGAUGUUGAAGAGUUGUUCCUAAUGCUGAAGGAUCGGGUGCCUCCUUUUUUAUUUGGACGGCCGGCGAGGACGUACUCGAAGAGGCGGAGGGUGAUGAACAACUCGAUGCCGAAUCCAUGACUUGUGCACGCCUCGCGAGCCUGCUCUCUACUGAACUGAACGUCUCAACGCUGAGCCCUCAUUCAAUUUCGAACGGUGAAACUGAACGACUCAACGCUGAGCCCUCAUUCAAUUUCGAACGGUGAAACUGGACGACUCUACGCCGAACCCUUUUUCAAUUUCGAACGGUGAAACUGAACGACUCAACGUUGAACCCACAUUCAAUUUCGAACGAUAAUCGCCUUGAUUGAGCUUUCUAACCUUCUUUGAACAAGCGUGUGUUGGAAAAUUGAACGGUGGUUCUUUUGAGAUGCAAAAGCUGAUUUUUUUCACACUGAUUCUCUGGAUUUGAUACCAAAGACAAUAAGAAAUCUAUGUUUUAACCUAUUGUUAGCAAAUUGAAUACUAGAUUCUGAAAAUAUAAUUUUUGAAAAAUG